AUGAUUGAUUCUGAUUCAAACGAUGAUAAUGAUAAAAAUAAUUCAAAUAAAUCAAAAGAACAUAAACUACCUAUCAAAUUAAGACGUGCUAAUUCAGUUGAUUCAAUAACACCUCAAGCUGCCCGACCUAUAUCAUCAGUAAAAACAUCAUUUGAUACAAAAAUAAUUCAAGAUCUUUUAGUUUCUUCAGCUUUAAAUGUCGCAAAUUCUACUAAAAUGCCUUCUGAUCCUAUUCAUCCUCCUUUAAAUAUAAAAUUACUUGGUGAUAAUUUUAGAAAAUUUGUUCAAAAAUGUGGUUUCAUUUUCGUUAUUCAAGAUUUUGCUGAAGAUAUAUUUCUAUGGAAAAAUCCUCCGGAUACAUUAUUAACCAUGGUUAUUUACGUUUAUAUAUGUUUAUAUCCACAAUUAUUAAUUCUCGCUCCAUUAGUAGCUUUCCUUGCAGUUCUGAUUUAUAAUUUUCCUAAUGAAUCACAAACAAAGAAAAAAGCUCGUAUUAAAUUUAAACGAUUCGAACGGUUAAAUGAUUAUCUUCCAGCGGAGAAUUCAGUUGAUUAUUUGAAAAAUAUGCAAAAUAUUCAAAAUCUAAUGGGAUUGAUUUCGGAUGGUUACGAUGUAGCAGUUGAUUUGCUUAAGCAUGUUGAUUGGAGUAACGAAUGUGAGACAUUGAUGAUAAUGCAGGUUGUAAUGGUGGUUUUAGUAGUAACUAGUUUAACCGUAUGGAUCGUACCUUGGAAAUAUGUAUUUAUUUUUUGUGGGUUAGGAAUGUUCAUUGUUAAUACACAAUUUGUGAAAGCAUUAACUAAGGAAAUGAGUCCAAUUAUCAUACAACACUUCAAAACUUUUGUUGAGAAAUGGGAAGAUUAUUUUAGUUCAGAAGAUUGUGAGAAAACCGAAAAUAGCGGAUAUGAAGGGGAAACUGAUUCUUCAAUUGAGAACAAUUGGAUUAAUCUGAACAACGAUGAAGUUGAUCCUGGUGUUGGAAGUUCUAAAAGUUGA